AUGGAUGAUGUGUCCAAUGUUUCCACGGUGACAGUUUUUACCCUUUCAGCCUUCAGUGAGGCUCUGAACCACAGAGCGGCCGUCUUCUCUCUCACCUUACUGUGUUACUGCGUGAUUGUCGUUGUUAAUGUCUCGCUCGUCAUCAUCAUCGUCGUAGAUGAGAACUUGCAUGAGCCCAUGUACGUUUUAUUGUGUGUUUGCUGCAUCAAUGGACUGUAUGGGACGGCAGGUUUCUACCCGAAGUUCCUGGUCGACCUCCUGUCUCCGUCUCAGGUCAUCUCGUACGGCGGCUGUCUGUGUCAGGCCUUCGUCCUGUACUCCUUCGUGUGCAGUGGCACUUCUGUUCUUGCAGCUAUGGCUUAUGACCGGCACGUGGCCAUCUGUCGGCCGCUGCAGUACCGCUCUGUGAUGACGAAGAGGAGGCUCGCCGAGCUGGUGGUCUUCUCCUGGUUGACGCCUUUCUGCAUUUUCUCCAUCAACAUCCUGCUGACAAACAGACUGACGUUCUGCAGUGCAAACAUCCAGAGACUCUUCUGUGUUAACUGGAUUAUUGUUGGGCUCGCUUGCCCCAACAUGGACACUCUUAUAAACAAUGCAUUUGCCUUCACCACACUAUCGAUUUAUAUCUGUCACUGGCUGUUUAUUGUCUGGACCUACGCUGAUCUUGUUCGAACUUGCCUGAAGUCCAGAGAAGACAGGGCGAAGUUCAUGCAGACGUGUUUGCCCAAUUUGAUCUCUUUACUCACUCUUUUUGUCACUGUGGUGUCUGAUUUAAUGCACAUGCGGUUUGCCUCCAAAGAUUUACCUCAAAGUUUUCAAAACUUUGUUGCAAUGGCUGUUCUGCUUAUUCCUCCCAUCAUGGAUCCUUUACUGUAUGGAUUCAGACUGACAAAAAUCCGCAGCAGAAUACUUGUGUUGGUUCAUGUGAGACAAAAAUGA